AUGUCCUGUCACAACCUUUCCUCAUCCAAAGCUGAAAUUCUGUGUGUGCACCCGGCGAUCGGUUCCCGGUGGAGGAGAUCGGAGGAGUAUUCUUCGGAGGAGAUCGGACGGACGGUACCCAUCAGAGAUGAGUCAUGCCCAGACACUGAAGAUUCUAAUCCGAAUCUAAUUCCUCCUCAGAUCAGAGUCACUGUGCCAGUAAUGUCGACAUCCCUCAGAUAUUUGCUUGUGAAGGCAGAACCAUGCAAUAUCCUCGAUCGAGGUUUAGCUGUCCGUCAUUGGUGUACUGUCCGCAGCUUGGAGAUUUGGAGUUCCAGAAAGCUGCGUGAUUGUUUGAUUGUCGGGAUUCCCCUUAUCGAACUUGCUUUCAGGAAUCUCCUCAUUUGGAGUUUUUGUGAUUGGAGCUGUUCAACCCCUUGUUGGAUUUUAUUCUUGCUGAUUCUGUUCCUCUUGGAGCAAAAUUUAUUUGUUAUUCCUCAAUCUAUCCGAAUGGCAUCUGUUGCUUUCGAGCACCCUGGCACUUCAUGCUUUCAACCACAAACCCCACAAACUACAUUAGCGGAAGAAAACGAGACACAUAACAGAGUAAAGGCAGAUGAGCCAGAUUUGGGGGUUCCCCAGGAAGAGCAAACCCCAGAAAAUCAGUUAACGGGUCAGGAAAAGGUCACUGGUGCCAAAACAUUGGAUAAGGGAUACCUUGAUUAUGGAUGUGCCCAUUACCGUCGGAGGUGUCGCAUAAGGGCUCCUUGUUGCAGUGAGGUAUUCAGUUGCCGACACUGCCAUAACGAGGCUAAGAAUAAUAUUCACAUUGAUCAAAAGCUCAGACAUGAUGUUCCCAGGCACUUGGUUGAGAAGGUCAUAUGCUCACUUUGUGACACUGAACAGGAGGUUCAACAAUUCUGCAAAAGUUGUGGUGUAUGCAUGGGAAGGUACUUCUGCGGAAUUUGCAAGCUGUUUGAUGAUGAUACAUCUAAACAGCAGUACCACUGUGAUGGCUGCGGCAUUUGCAGGAUUGGGGGCUCUGAUAACUUCUUUCACUGUUAUAAAUGUGGUUGCUGCUAUUCUGCGCUUUUGAAAAGCACACACCCAUGCGUGGAGAGGGCAAUGCACCAAGACUGUCCUGUUUGUUUCGAGUAUCUAUUCGAGUCGAGAAAUGAUGUCAUUGCUUUGCCGUGCGGCCACACCAUUCACAGGGCAUGCUUGGUUGAAAUGCAAGAACACUAUCAAUACGCUUGCCCUAUCUGCUCCAAGUCGGUGUGCGAUAUGUCCAAAGUGUGGGAGAAGUUUGACCAGGAGAUAGCGGCAACGCCCAUGCCUCCCGAUUGCGAUAACAAGAUGGUUUCGAUUCUUUGUAACGAUUGUGGGUGCAACUCGGAAGUGAAGUAUCAUGUGAUGGGACACAAGUGCUUCAACUGCAAAUCUUACAACACACGUCAAACUUGAGGGCUCGUCUGUUAGAUAGAAAAAUGUAGCUGUGUCUGGAUAUUAAUGACAUUGUAAUUCUGUUUUCCUGAUCUCAGUUUCUCAGGGAAAGUGAAUUUAGAUUAUAGUUGUAUUAUGUAUAACAAAUAAGAUUAAACUUGUUAUUUUCUCUGAUUGAUUAGUGUAUUUUUUCUUUCAGUGCCAGUCAAGUUAAGUUAGGAUGUGAAGGAGUACAAUAUUUCAAAAACAAUUAGUUAAUGCUGUUUUUCUUUUGCUUAUGAGUUGUGAGGGUUUAUCUUCAUUCACUAAUAGAAAGGGAAUGGAAAUGAGCUUGUACUUAAGGUCGUUCACAAUACUGUUAAACAUUGUUGCAUGUUUGUAUCUAAUUUGUUAAUAUAACUUAAGGGAAUCAAGUAGUCAGGAUGGCCGAGUGGUCUAAGGCGCCAGACUCAAGUUCUGGUCCUCGUGAGAGGGCGUGGGUUCAAAUCCCACUUCUGACAUUUUUUUUUUAUAAUUUUUUUAAAGAUUUCCUGCUUAUUGCUUUUGUAUUUGUUCUU